AUGAAAUAAUAAUAACUAAAAGAACCACACUUUAAUGGGGAAUUUGAAGAUAGUGAUAGUCAGACUGAAGAUAACAAUUCUAAGAAGAAGACAACCUUGAUAAUGAAUGUAUCAGAUACUCAAUAUGAUGUUGUGAAAUUUGUAGGCAAGAGGCUAUUCAAAUGGAUUUUACAAUACGAGUCUGAUGCUACCAAUUGGGAUAUGUUUUGGACAGACACAGCUGUUCAACCUGAGACUCUUGGGAAAAUGCAACCUUACCAAAAAAUUAAUCAUUUUCCAGGAAUGUAUUCUCUUGCUCGUAAGAAUCAUCUCGGAAGAAAUCUUAUGAAAAUGCGUAAACAAUUCACUCAAGAAUACAAAUUCUUUCCUCAAACCUGGUUAUUGCCAGCUGAAUACGGUGACUUCAAAACCUAAUUCGUGAAAGGGAAAGCUAGAACAUUCAUAAUUAAACCUGAAGCGAGCUGUUAAGGGAGAGGGAUAUUCCUGACCAGAAAUCUAAAUGACAUCAAUCCAAAUGAUCAUUAUGUAGCAUAAAGAUAUUUACUCAGGCCAUUCCUGAUAGAGGGUUUGAAAUUUGAUUUGAGAGUUUAUGUUUUAUUGGCUGGAACUGACCCUAUGCGAAUCUAUGUCUAUUAAGAUGGCUUAGUCAGAUUUGCCACUGAACCAUAUGUUCCCCCUAAUACAUCAAAUUUAGAUGAUAUGUGUAUGCAUUUAACCAAUUAUGCUAUUAAUAAAGAGAAUCCAAAUUUCGUAUUUAAUAAAGAUGCAAGUAGGAUGGACAUUGGACAUAAGAGAUCCAUUAAGGCAGUAUUUGCUAAAUUAGAAGAGGAAGGUCGUGACAUUAAGAAACUCUGGUAAGAUAUGAAUGAGAUAUUUAUUAAAACCUUUUGUGCUGUGCAACCAAUAUUGAGUCAUCAUUAUAGAUCAUGUCAACCAGAUAAUUAUGCUAAUAAUAUGUGUUUUGAAAUCUUAGGAUUUGAUAUCUUUUUGAAUCACAAACUAUAACCCAUCUUGUUGGAAGUUAAUCAUACUCCUAGUUUCACUACAGAUACUCCCCUUGAUUCUAUGAUUAAGAAAAAUCUUAUUAGAGACACAUUGAAAUUAAUGAAUGUCAGUCUCAAAGCUAAAGAAUAAAUAAUUGCAUCUAGAAAGGAAUCUCUCCAGCAGAGAGUAUUGACAGGCAAAAAAGUGAAGUUGACAAUGGAAGAGAAGAUGUCACAAAUGAAAUAAUAGGAAUAGUAGAGGAAUGACUAUGAGAACUCACAUUUAGGAGAUUAUGUUAAGAUUUAUCCACUCGAAGACUCUCAAGAGUAUGAUUAAUAUAUUGAGUUUGCUUCAUCACUAUAAGACAGCUGGACUGGAACAAGUAUUAAUUUAAUGUAUCUUUUAGACAUCAAGCGAAAUUAGAAGAAGAAUACCUAAACUCCUUAAUAACAGUAAUAGAUUAAGAAUAAUGUGGUCAGAGCUCCAUUCAAACCCAAUACUCCUGCUAAUAAUCUUCCUAAGCUUCAAAAAAUCCUGAGACCUGAAAGUAUCAAUGUUCACGGAGAGGAUGAACAGGUUUGUGCCAAAGUCAACAAACUAUCUAAUAUCAAGAUGUAACCUAGACAAUAGUCUGAACCUCCUGUUUUAAGAUUCAAAUAGACAGUCAAAAAGCAACUCCAAUUGGUAAUUCCUAAACCUUAUUUACAACCUAAGUUGUUCGAUAUGGAAUCAAUAGGAUAGGAUAAAUUUAAUAACAAAAGACAAUAAUUUUAGGAUAUGAUGUUCACUAAAUGA